AUGGAAGCUCAGUCGAAGCCAUUGCUUGCCAUCAAGGCCGACUCUGCAGUCUGGAUCGCUGACAAGCUCUUCACAAAGAUCGAGAACGCCGUGGGGAUCCUCGGCAAUCCCUACUCCGACCAGUCGCUGAAACAACAAGCCCACGACUACCUGCACCAGCUUCGAGCCGACCCCUCUGCCUGGCAGACCUGCAUUAACCUCUUCGUGCGAAACGCCGGGAGCGACGAUGUGUUACGGCUUUUCUGUCUCGAAGCCGUCAACUAUGCGGUCCACACACAGAGCCUCGACCAGGCAAGUCUGACAUACCUCAAGGACCUGCUCCUGGACUACGUGCAACAAGUAUAUGGCCCAGAGCCUCAGCGAGCACCCGACCCCCCGUCGCUCCAAAACAAGGUGGCACAGACCCUGACGUAUCUCUUUGUCUUCCUCUACCAAAAUGGCUGGCAGAGCUUCCUUGACGAUUUCUUGAACAUCUCGGGCUUGCCUAGCAACAAGGACAAUGUGAACGGCGUCAUUUUCUACCUUCGCAUCCUCAGCUCGAUCCACGACGAGAUUGCCGACAUGCUUUUGGCACGGCAGAAUGGCGAGGCCAAGCGCAAUACGGAACUGAAGGACCAGCUGCGCGCGCAGGAUGUCUACAAAGUAGCAGACUCUUGGAAGCAGCUCCUUGUCAAAUACAACAACAACGAUGCCGUUGUCGAACUGGUCCUAAAGGUCAUCGCCAAGUGGGUCAGUUGGAUGGAUAUUUCUCUGGUUGUCAGCCAAGAUAUGCUUAGCUUGCUGAUCCCUCUUGUUGGUCGGCCGACCCAAGGCAGUGGUGAGGACAAGGUUCGGGACUCAGCCAUUGAGACCCUCACCCAAAUUGUUGGGAAGAAGAUGCGGCCACAGGACAAGGUGGAAAUGAUUUCUUUCCUCAACUUGCGGGAGAUUGCCAGUCAGCUUAUCGCCAGUCCGGCCCUGGGCGAGUACAAGGGUACUUCCAACUACGACACGGACCUCGGUGAAGCUGUGGCUAGCCUGGUGAACGUUGUCAUCGCAGAUAUCGUCCGGGCCCUCGAAGACAGCUCAAUCACCAGCGAGACCAGGAACGCUGCCAACCAGCAUCUGAACGCCUUCUUGCCAUUCCUACUCCGCUUCUUCACCGACGACUACGACGAGAUAUGCUCUAGCGUGAUUCCUGCGCUCACCGAUCUUCUGACCUUCUUGCGCAAGCUUGGACAGCUUCCUCAAGAAUACUCGCAAAUGCUGUCGCCAAUCCUGGACGCCAUCAUCCGGAAAAUGCGCUACGAUGAAGACGCAAACUGGGGGAACGAGGACGAGCAGACCGACGAGGCCGAGUUCCAGGAAUUGCGUCGCAAGCUGCAAAACCUUCAGAAGACCAUUGCGGCUAUAGAUCAGUCGUUAUACAUGGAGACACUCAGCAAUCUCAUGUCAUCGACAUUCCAGACUCUGGAGCAGCAAGGCUCCCAGAUGGACUGGCGGGACCUCGACCUGGCUCUUUACGAGAUGUACGUCUUUGGCGAGCUGGCGCUGCCGAACCACGGAUUGCACACCAAGAACCAGCCUUCAGGCGAGGCUUCGGAGCGCCUGGUGGUGAUGAUCAGGAAGAUGGUUGAAUCAGGCGUGGCAAACUUGGAGCAUCCUGCCAUCUUGCUCCAGUACAUGGAGAUUUGCGUGCGCUACUGUGUCGUCUUCGAAAACCACCAGGACUACAUCCCUGCCGUGCUAGAAAGCUUUGUCCGCUUGGUCCAUCACGAUCACGUUCGUAUCAAGACACGGUCGUGGUAUCUCUUCCACCGCUUCAUCAAGCAUCUCCGUGCCCAGGUCGGCACCGUCGCCGAGACCGUCAUCCAGUCCAUCGGCGACCUCCUGCCUAUAAAGGCGGAGGUCCCAGGCGAGGAUGCCGACGACGACAUGUCCUCGGACGAGUCUGAUCAUUCUGCGGACGCACUCUUCACCAGCCAGCUCUACCUUUUCGAGGCCAUUGGCUGCAUGGCCUCAACGUCUGGCACGCCCGCCGAGAAGCAAGCCAUGUACGCACGAUCGGUGAUAGACCCCCUGUUCAGCGACAUGGAGGCGCACCUGCCCCGCGCAAAGGCAGGCGAUGCACAGGCGACUCUCCAGAUCCACCACAUCAUCAUGGCUCUUGGCGUCCUUGCGCACGGCUUCUCGGACUGGACGCCUGGUUCUACUGCCUCCCAACAGCACGCUCGUCCGGACGAGGCCGUUUCAGCAGAGUUCAGUCGCGCGGCCGAAGCUAUUCUGUACGCGCUCAAAGAACUAAGUUCUUGGUCAGACAUCAGACUCGCCUGUCGAUCAGCCUUCUCACGACUUUUGGGUGUCCUCGGCUCAGCGGUGCUUCCUCAACUACCACAGUGGAUCGAAGGUCUCCUGUCGCAGAAUUCGUCCAAGGAUGAGAUUGCCAUGUUUCUCCGGCUGCUGGACCAAAUCGUCUUUGGCUUCAAGUCGGAGAUCUUCGACGUGCUCAACAUGCUUCUGACGCCACUUCUAGAAAGGAUCUUUACGGGCCUGUCCGAACCCCCUGUUGGCACCGACGACGAGGUCCAGCAGGGCGAGCUCAGGAGGGAGUACCUUUCCUUCAUUCAAAUUAUUCUCAACAACAACCUCGAUGGCGUUCUCAUCAGUGAAGCCAACCAAGGCUCAUUUGAAAAGGUUGUCGCGACCAUCGUCGACAUUGCCCGCGACCUCGAAGCCCAUCUCGGCCCCAGCCGUCUCGCCUUUACAGUCAUGACCCGCAUCUCCGCCAUAUGGGGCGGCCCAGACGUGGCGACGAUUGCCCAGAACCCGACCGCGCCAAUAGGUCCCCCCACGCCUGCGAUUCCCGGAUUUGACCACUUUAUGAUCAGCCGUUUCCACGCCAUCUGCUGGGAGGUUCUCCGGAACCCGAACCUCAAGACUCGCGAUGCGCAGUCGAAGCAGCUCGUCGUCGAAAUUGCCGGCCUCGAGCAGAUGAUCUACACCAAGACGGGGGAUGUCUUUAUCCAGCAGCUGCAGAACGAGCUCUUCCCGAGCAUCGGCGUCAACGGCGAUGAUUUCCUACGCGCCCUGACCACCAACACGGAUAAGAAGGGGUUCUCCAACUAUCUCCUUGAACUUCUCAAGAGCUGGCAACAGUAG